UUAAAAUAAACCUUCCUCUUUAGUUGUACAAACUAAGCGCACUUAAAUCUCUAUUCAAACGCCUCUUGGAUGAAUGAAGCCGAUACUUUUUGUUAUACCCCCCUCGCGAAUCUGCACCUGAAAGUCGAGGCCCAGCUUGUCCUGCGUGCUGCUCGUGCUAUUUUCUAAUAGCGCCUCUCAGCUUGACUUUUCCUGUUCUCUUUUUUGUUCAUCCCUAAUUUGGUCCCAGCAGGCAAUCUCAAACCGAUGGUAGCGGGGGGGAAUCUUGAUCGAAUCCCUCAUCAAGGUAACAGCAUGGCUCGUCGCGUCAAUGACCUACGCUCGCUUCGCGUCUUCAAGCAUCAGACCAGGAAAGCUCCGGCUACUCUCUCUCCUCCCAGUUAUCCUCCUCCUCCCGUGCCUCCCUUGGCGCUUCACCUCCGUCAACCUCCGAGGCACUACGGCCUUCUUCCUCGCCUGGCUCGGCGUCUUCAAGCUCCUCCUCCUCUCCUUCGGCGUGGGCCCCCUCUCCCCUCACCUCCCCCUCCCCACCUUCAUCGCCAUCUCCUCGCUCCCCGUCAAAAUCCAAACAAGCUGUCAUCCCAAAUCCGACACUGACCCCUCUCUCAUUCCUUUUUGCAUCAAGCUGGCGUUGCUCGUUCUGCUCACCCCAAUCUACCGCCACAAAUCCCAAAUCCACCCCUGGGCGGUACUCGCCCUCUACUCCCUCUACACCUAUCUCAUCCUAGACCUCAUCCUUUCCAUCACCAAGUUCUCCGUCGGCACUCUGCUCGGCCUCACCCUUGAGCCCCAGGCCAACGACCCCUUCAAAUCCGACUCACUACAGGAUUUCUGGGGCCGCCGGUGGAACCUGAUGGUCACCGGCAUAUUGCGGCCUUCGGUCUAUGACCCGGUCCGGUCUCGGUCGGGCGCGGGCGCGGGCGUGGUUGCGGCGUUUAUUGUCUCCGGGGCUAAUGCAUGAGGUCCGUGUUCUAUUAUAUGACGUCGGAGAGGCCGACC